AUGGCAUCCUUUCUCCGCCUCGCGUUGGCGUUGGUCCUUGGCAUUCUCGUCGCCGUACAGGCGCAGGACACGACGGCCCCCUCCAACAAGCCCAGCUACCCGGCAUGCGCCACAAAAUGCAUAGCUAGCGCUUUCUAUGGCGGCUACUGUGCCCCCACAAACCAGACUUGCAUCUGCACGAGCGAGCAGUUUCAACUCAACGUCACGCUGUGUGUCUCGGCAAGUUGCACGAUCCCAGAAGCCCUCGCCACGAAAAAUGCGAGCUUGACAAACUGCGGCGCUCCCGUACACAACCGCUCUGGAGAAUAUAUCGUCCUCUCCAAUGUCAUGGCCAUCCUGGCAGCGUUCUGCGUCCUGAGCCGGUUCGGAUACAAAAUCUUUUUCGCAGGACUCGACGUUGGCUGGGACGACUGGUUCGUGAUGGCGACGUUGAUCGCAGCGAUGCCGAGCGCCGUCAUCACCGUCCACGGAACCACUGCCAACGGCCUGGGGAGGGACAUUUGGACGCUGACGCCCCAGCAAAUCACAAACGUCCUCUUCUACUUUUACAUCAUGGCCUGGCUGUACUUCUUCCAGGUGACCCUCGUCAAGCUGGCCAUCAUCUUCUUCUACAUGCGCAUCUUCCCCGCCCGGGAGGUCCAACGCAUGUUGUGGGCGACGACGUUCUUCAUCAUCGUCUGGGGAUUCGCGUUUGUCAUCACGGCCGUCUUCCAGUGCAAGCCCAUCCACUACUUUUGGGUCAAGUGGGAUCGCAUGCACGAGGGGAGCUGCGCGGACGCCAACGCCAUCAGCUGGUCCAACGCCGCCAUCAGCAUCGCGCUGGAUCUUUGGAUGCUCGCGAUCCCGCUGUGGCAAUUGAGGUCUUUGAAGCUGCAUUGGAAGAAAAAGAUUGGAGUCGCGUUGAUGUUCAUCGUGGGCACAUUUGUCACCGUCGUGAGCAUCAUCCGCCUGCAAUCUCUUGUCAAUUUCGCCAAGGGAUCCAACGCUACCAUGGACUUUCUCGACGUGAGCUUGUGGAGCACGGUCGAGAUCUGCGUAGGCAUCAUGUGCGCGUGUCUGCCCUCCAUGCGCAUGAUAUUGGUCAAGAUCUUUCCCGCCAUGUCCGGCUCGACGAUGCGGAGUAAAGGACGGCAGUACUAUAAGCAGUACGGCAGCGACGUCAGAUCCAAGAACGCCGCUGAGCGCAGCCAGGCUCGUACUGUCGGUGUUGUCACCGUGGACCGGUCCAGCUCUGUUCACGACGCGCAGGAUCGGCAGAUCAAGUUCCAAAAGACAUUUGCCGUCUCCUACAGUGAUAGCGAUGAGGCGGAUCUGGUGCCGAUGAACAAUAUUCAGAAGCCGGGGCGGGCUAAUGGUUAG